GAAUUGAAACCGUAGAAUCGUGGGUUGGCGUGAUGAGUGAAGAUCAUUUAAACGGUUCAAACUUUGGUAUGGUUAUGAAUGCGAGCAUGGUGACGCAGUAUACGAAUAUUAGAGAUUCUGAUAGUUUUUGGUUUGAGAAAUCUGAUAUGUUUACCGAUAAUGAACGAAAAAUCAUACGAAACACGACACUUCGAGACAUAAUUACUCGUAACAUCAAUAACAGCGUAACCUUUCCUCAAAAUAUUUGGUCCGUCCAGCCUCAAAUCAAACUUAACGAUAGUAAUGAUGAUAAUUAUCCAACCAAGAUUAGUGUUUGGAGUCAAUAUAUUGUUGGUUUUAGAGUAGAUUUGACCUAUUUAUAUUUCAAGGUUCAACUACAAACUUCUGAUGGCAAUGGCUGGUUUGGAAUGGUCACUAAUGGAAACGUCACAUUAGGAAAUUAUCAUGCUGAUGUAGGUGGAUACCAUCCACCCCUUCGAGAUUCUAAUCAAGAUCCCACUCUUGUACCAAAAUUUUCCAUGUCUGAUAGCAAAGCUGUGACCGUAGAGUUCAAAAGACCUCUCAAUCCGCCAGGAAGAAAACCAAUUGUGCAUGGUGAUAUGAAAUAUAUCAUGGCAUAUAAUCCAAAUAGUAAUGCUUUCUCUUAUCACCAAAAUAAUCGCAUGUUGAAUCGAAUAAACUUUUAUAAUAGUCAAAUUAGUUCUGCAACUACAUCCAAUCUUCAAAGGAUAGUUAAAUUAAUUCAUGGUUGCGGAAUGUUCUUCACAUGGUGGAUUCAUCGGCUAAUACAGGUGGUGGGGGGUAUUUCAGUUUCAACAUUCGGUGCUGCUGCUAUUUCUACGGUGGUGACGACACAAACACCACAUGCUUG